AUGAAUAUUCAAAGUUCAAAACUUCAAAAAAAUAAGUCGAAAUAAAGCAUUGAAAUUUACAAUUCUAAGUCUGCUUUUACAAACCUAAGGCAUUCGGUAUUUUCAGCUUAAGAAAUCGCGUGUUUUAUAUAAGGAUUUAAUUUGAACUUGGAUAUCUGCGUAGUAUGUCAACAGACGAUGCGAAGAAUGAGGGGGAUCCCGAAACUUUGGAGGAAGCGGGUAUACUUGAAGCCGAUGUUGGUGCGAAAUUUGACCAACAGCUCGCGGGUAUAGAUCCCAACUUGAAGAUCAACAUGGACCCGCAGGCGCACCACCAACUCCGGCCUGAGAUGAUGUUCAUACGCGAAGAGUUGCGGCAGGCGAAAGAGCAGACUUUAGCUGUACGUCGGACGGCGCUUAAGAAACUCCUUAUGAAGGACUUUUUGGAGGAAGACUGUGAGCUCAGGAAUUUAGGGUUAUGUUAUGCCCCUCCCGAUCCUUGAACUUAGAACUUAGAGAAUAGACUUUGUAUUUGUAACACUGUUUUUUUACGAUGAUUUCAAAAAAUUUAGAAUUGUUAAUUUAGUUUUUAAAUAAAUGAAAAAUUAAAUUCGA